ACGAUCUUUAGACGUCGAUGUAUUUGGAAAUAACCAUUUACGCAGUGUGUAAAAAUAUUUCCAUGUCAUAAAUUCUCGUUUAAGUGAGGAAUAUACUAGAGAGAAGAGAUUAUCAAGGGUGUAAUUAUUCAAAAUGGCGCUGUCUUGCGGAGGAAAAUGUGUCAAAUUUUUCUUAGUGGUCAUCAACCUAAUAUUUAUGUUGCUCGGGCUUGGAAUCCUUAUUCCAGGAAUUUUGAUGCUUGCUGAUGUUGAUGUCAUCAAUGAUGAAGUAUUGCCCCUGCUACAACAGCUGUCAUUCGGUGCGUUAAACGUUGGGGACCUGGCCAAAAAUCUGUCUGUGACCUUGAUCGUUUUUGGCGCCUUUGUCCUCAUUGUCUCAACACUAGGCUGUUGCGGGGCCUUCUGUCAGCAGAAGUGCUGCCUCAUCAUUUAUGCCAUUGUAGUGCUGGUGUUCUUCCUGGCUAAGCUGGUGGUUGUUAUUUUGUGGAUUGUUAUGAACGACAAGAUCCAAAGUUGGAUGAAAACGGAACUUUUAAAGCAACUUCAGACCAACUAUCAAAAGGACGACUUGACAACGCAUGAAAUUUCAACUGCUUGGAACUAUAUGUUCAUGUCUCUCUCCUGUUGUGGCGUCACUGCAGUAACCGGAACAACAAAUGACUUUGAUAGUUCGGCGUGGAUCACUGGAGGCAAUAACGGAGGUAAAGAAAUCCCGAUAUUCUGCUGUACUGGAGUCACAGCCUCCAAUUACGCCUCAACGACUAACACUGCAUGCACAACUACCGUCACAUCAGGCUACCACACUAAAGGUUGUUAUGAUGCCACGUAUGAUGCCCUCAGCAGUUAUAGCACGGCGUUUAUUGUCGUCGGAGUUUUAACGCUGUUAGUCGAGAUUGUUGCGUUCGUUGGGGCCAUUAUAAUCAUAAAGAACGGAGGCGAGGACGGAACGGGAUUAUCCGGAGCUGCCAAAAUGGUGUAGCAGGAAAAUGAACGACUGUGUGUGUCCGUAAAUACUUUAUUCCGUCCAGAAAAUCAACCGUAGUGCACUUUUUGUCUCAGUAGCUUGAUCCAAAUUGUGAUCCGUCUUUGAUUUUUCUCUCUUGACAAUUCUUUGAAGCUAAACAUGUACUAUGUAUGUUUAACAUUUGUUUUAUACAAUGUGCCAUAUAUUUAAAGUUUAAAAUCAAAAUUGUACGUAUUUUACAAUAACAAAAAAAAUCUUGAAAGUUUAAAUUACACGAAUGCAUAUAUACUUGUUUUUUACGAUAUAUAACAAUUUUUUUUUUGUUCUCCGAAAUUACGCAAGUAAUUUUGCUAUAAU